UUCAAAGAAGAGCGACAAAAAAAUACUCAUAGAUCAGGAGACUUCAUCAAAUAUCGACCAGUAAAGGCUGGGGGACAAAAGGAUUCAGUCAUGGUGGUGUUAAGGAAGGGAGACUAUGUGUGGGUGGACUGCAGUAAUGGGGUCCAAAUCGGAGCUGAAGUCAGACUUUCAGACACUGGGCAACUUCAGCUCAUCGACGAUGAGGGAAAGGAGCACAAGAUUAAAAAGGACAACUCCCUGAAGCCCAUGCAUCCCACCUCAGUGAACGGUGUGGAUGAUAUGAUAAGGCUGGGUGACCUAAAUGAGGCUGGACUGUUACGGAACCUUCUAGUGCGCUACAAAGAAGGAGCAAUCUAUACAUACACAGGUUCGAUUCUGGUGGCAGUGAACCCUUACCAGCUGCUGCCAAUCUACACUCCAGAGCAGGUGGAGCAGUACACAGACCGGCGGUUGGGUGAUCUCCCCCCGCAUGUCUUUGCCAUCGCAGACAGCUGUUUCUUCAACAUGCGACGGAACCGCAAAGACCAGUGCUGCAUCAUUAGUGGGGAGUCCGGAGCAGGAAAAACAGAGAGUACAAAACUCAUGCUGCAGUUUCUUGCGGCAGUGAGUGGGCAGCGCUCCUGGAUUGAGCAGCAGAUUCUAGAAGCCAACCCUAUCUUAGAAGCUUUUGGUAAUGCAAAGACCAUCCGCAAUGACAACUCCAGCCGCUUUGGAAAAUAUAUUGACAUCCACUUCAAUAAAAAUGGAGCAAUCGAGGGGGCCCGCUUUGAACAGUACCUACUCGAGAAAUCACGUGUUUGUCAACAGGCCCCACAAGAGAGAAACUACCACAUCUUUUACUGCAUGCUCAUGGGAAUGCCUCCUGACCAAAAGAAGAUCCUGUCUUUGGGACAUGCUGCAGAAUACAACUAUCUCACCAUGGGUCAGUGCACUUCAUGCGAAGGACGGGACGACAUAAAAGAGUAUGCCAGCUUCCGUUCAGCAAUGAAGAUCCUGACAUUCACAGAGAAUGACACGUGGGAAAUUAACAAGCUUCUUGCUGCCAUCCUACACCUGGGGAAUGUAGACUUUGAAGAAACCAUUAUGAACAACCUUGAGAGCUGUGAUGUUCUCUCUUCUACACAUUUCAAAAUGGCUGCACAGUUAUUAGAGGUGUCCCCAAAUGCCCUGGAUGUGAGCUUGACACAACGCUCUUUGAUGACUAACAGGGAGAGUGUGUCUAAACCUCUGACCUCAGCACAAGCAGUGGAUGGCAGAAAUGCCUUUGUAAAGGCCAUCUAUGGAAGGCUGUUUGUGUGGAUUGUUGAGAAAAUCAACAGUGCCAUUUACAAACCUCCUCCUGAUGACCCCAAACAUGUCCGACUUUCGAUUGGUUUGUUGGACAUUUUUGGCUUUGAAAACUUCAACAACAACAGCUUUGAACAGCUCUGCAUCAACUUUGCCAAUGAGCAGCUUCAGCAGUUCUUUGUGAAACAUGUCUUCAAGCUUGAACAACAGGAAUACACCCGCGAAAACAUCGUCUGGAACAACAUUGAAUUUAACGACAACCAGUGUACGCUUGAUGUUCUGGCCAUAAAGCCUCUCAACGUUCUCGCUCUUAUUGAUGAAGAGAGUCUCUUUCCUAAGGGCACAGAUGCUACAAUGCUUAACAAAAUGAAUCAGGUUCAUGUGAAGGGUGGCAUCUACAUGCCCCCCAAAAACAAUCACGACACACAGUUUGGAAUCCGGCAUUUUGCUGGAGUCGUCUACUAUGACUGCAAAGGUUUCCUUGAGAAGAACAGAGAUACUCUGAGCAAUGAUGUUAUCCAGCUGAUACACACAUCAUCCAAUAAGCUACUAAAGCAGAUAUUUCACAAUGAGCUCAGCACCACAGAGGCGAAAACUAGUUCCAACCACACUAUCGUCACCCCAAAAAACUCACUCCGGCAAACAACAGACUCAAAGAAACGUGUGCCUACAUUAUGUGGGCAGUUUCGUCAGUCACUGGACUCUUUAAUGAAGACUCUAACUGCCUGCCAGCCUUUCUUUAUUCGCUGUAUUAAACCCAAUGACUUCAAGAAACCUAUGCUCUUUGACAGGGAACUGUGUAUCCGUCAACUUCGUUACUCUGGAAUGAUGGAGACUAUCCGCAUUAGGAAGGCUGGCUAUCCCAUCCGUCACACAUUUGAUGAGUUUCUAGAGCGUUACCGUGUGCUUCUCAAGUCCAGUGUUUGUGACCCCAAAACUGAGAGUGCCAAGAAAUGCUGUGAAAGCAUCUGUGAGAACGUUCUGACUGAAGAGGACUGGAAGAUCGGCAAGACUAAAGUGUUUCUGAAGGAUUUCCAUGAUACUGUUUUGGAACUGGCACGAGACAGGGCUCUCAAUAAGAAGGCACUUGUUAUUCAGAGAGUCCUGAGAGGAUAUAAACACAGGAAAGUAUUCCUGAGAAAGAAAAGCGCAGCUGUGACCAUACAGAAAACCUGGCGAGGACACAAAGUCAGAAAACUUUACAGAGUGGUCCAGUUGGGUUUUGCCCGUCUGCGGGCUCAAGUACGCUCUCGUCAGAUGACCUGGCAGUAUAAACGGAAGCGACAAGCAACUAUUCUGCUUCAGGCUCAGACUCGUGGCUUCCUGAUGAGGAAGGAGUGGAAACGGAAGAGAGCGGCAGUGAUACUCCUGCAGGCUCACACCAGAGGAACUCUAGCCAGAAAAGCUGUCAAGAAGAUGAAGAGAGAUGCUUCCCUCUCGCUUCAGGAACGUAGAGCAGAAGAACUUGCUGCUCUAGAGAGGCAAAGGAGGCUUGAUGAAAUUCUGCGGCAGAAAAAAGAAAGAGAGUCGGCUGACCAGUUGGAAUCCAUCACAGACCAGGAAAUGGUGGAUGAUAUCUUUGGCUUCUUGCCUAGCAUGGUUGGCGGACAGGAGGGCCAGGCACCUGUGGGCUUUGAGGACUUCGAGGGAAAACGAGCGGUGCUUGAAGAGGUGGAUCUGGAUGAGGCUCCAAUGAUGGCGAUUCCAGAGGAAGACUAUGAUGAUUUGGAUGAGUACUCGUUCUCCAAGUUUGCUUCCAUGUACUUCCAGGGCACUGCCACACCCACACACAUUCGCCAGAGAUUACAACAGCCUCUGCUCUACCAUGAGGACGAGAAUGAUGUCCUGGCUUCACUAACAGUUUGGUGGAUGAUCUUGAGAUUUAUGGGUGACCUUCCUGAACCAAAGGCUCAGGGGGUCUCUAGAAGUAGACCAGCCUUUGCAGAAGGCUCUCUUCAGAAGGAUGUGGCCUCCAGACAGGAUAGACGCCUCAGCCAUAUGGUGGGCCUGGACCAGAGAAUGAAAAAUACAAGAAACACUCCGAACAGGAAACUCAGUACAGUUCCAGAAGACGCUUCCCGCAACAGAAAAUCGUCAACUUUUACAGACUUACUGGCCCGGAACAAAAAAUCUGUCCAAGAUGAUGGUGUUCCAAGCCGCAAACUGUCUGCCAUACCUGAGCAGGGUCCAAGAAACAGAAAGACUUCAACUUUCACUGAUAUAAUGUCCCGAAACAGAAGGAUCCCCACAGCUCCUGAGGGGCCUCAAUCCAACAGAAGAACCAGUAGAAAACCAUCUGUUAUAGCAGAAGAGGCAGAGGAUGGGACUGAAGUUUCCAAACAACCCACUGUGCAAACUAUUAGUGAAGAAGAUGAAAUGAACACAGACGGACUCACCCUGGACCGGCCAAUGACAUCUCUUGAAAAGUUACAUAUCAUUGUUGGAUAUGCCAUUGUCAGACGUGACCUCAGGGAUGAAAUCUACUGCCAGAUCUGUAAGCAGCUCCAAGAGAACUCAAACCGUGGCAGCUUCUUCCGUGGCUGGAUCCUCCUGUGCAUCUGUUUGGGCAUUUUUCCUCCUACCGAGCGCUUCAUCAAGUACCUGAAAAGUUUUCUUCGUUUUGGUCCUGUGGGAUACGCGCCUUACUGCGCCGACCGACUGAGGCGCACUGUUGCCAAUGGAGUGCGUGGAGAGCCUCCCUGCUGGCUGGAGCUCCAGGCCACCAAGUCCAAGAAACCCAUUGUCAUCUCAGUAACUAUGAUGGAUGGCAGGACUAUCAGUUUGCCUGUAGAUUCUGCCACAACAUCUAAAGAGGUCUGCCAAAUGCUCUCACAGAAAGUCAAACUUCAGGACACAUUUGGCUUCUCACUUUACGUAGCUUUAUAUGACAAGGUGUGGUCCCUAGGAAGUGGCCGUGAGCAUGUGAUGGAUGCCAUCUCUCAGUGUGAGCAGGAAGUGAAGAGGAAGGGUGGGCAGGAGCAACAUGCCCCUUGGCGUCUCUUCUUCCGUAAAGAGAUCUUCACACCUUGGCAUGACUGCAGCCAGGAUAACGUCAGCACAGACAUUAUCUACAGACAGGUCAUCAGAGGCCUGAAAUAUGGAGAAUACCAGUGUGAGAAGGAGGAAGACACUGUUGCGCUUGCAGCAAAGCACUUCUAUGUGCAGUUUGGAUCAGACAUGAGUAUGGAGAAUACCAGGACUGUAGUUAAGGAGUGCAUUAACUCCAAACUACUGGAGGCCAAGUCAGAAGAAAAGUGGACCCAGAUGGUCAACACAGCACAUGCGCAGGGCCCAUUAAUAAACACUCGGACCAAGUCUGAUAAAGUCAAAGCAGAGGUGGUUGAUUAUGCUCGUCAAAAGUGGCCAAUGCUCUUCUCCAAGUUUUUUGAAGUUGCCAAGUUAUCUGGUCCUUCUCUACCAAAGAGCAAGUUCAUCUGUGCCAUUAAUUCAAUGGGAAUAACAUUCCUAGAUGAACGAGAAAAGAAUCUCCUGGUGCUGUCUUACCCAGAGCUCACCGGGGUCAAUGCUAUCAGAGAAAGGAAAUGUGUGUGUUUGCUGACUCUGAAAGGAGACUUCACACUGAAUGCAAUCACGGCCACUGACAUCUCAGAUCUGGUAGCCAUGUUCCUGGCAGGCCUGAUACAACGUUCACAAUAUGCUGUGACCCUACAGGAGGUUAAUAGACAAGAUGAUAAAACAUUUCUCAGCUUCAAGAAGGCAGAGCUCAUCUACCUCAUUAAGGAUGAUGAGUUUUCUGUUGCCCGCGGCUGGUUGAAGGGUAAGAAUGAGCGGACAGGAGAAAUUGGCGCGGUCCCUGCAGAUGCUGUCUUGAUUCUUCCAACUCUUACGAAGCCAACAAAUGAAGUCCUGAGCCUGAUCAGCUUGUCCCCAGAUCAGAGAAAGACCAUCAUAGACAACUCUGUAAAAGGAACCAUCACUGAAAGAGUGGCUCCUUCAACUCUAAAAGAUUUCUCUGUUGAUUAUUUCAGGCAGCCCAUCAAAGAUGUGAACAGACAGGUCAUCUCUAAGAAUGCAGCACCUGAGAGGCUGUGGGCCAACUCCAGAGAACCCAUCAGACAGCCCCUGCUAAAAAGACUGGUGGGCAAUCCAGAUUUAAGCCCACUAGCCUGCAAUGCCUUCACUGCUAUUCUGAAGUACAUGGGUGACUACCCAACUAGACAGGUCCAGAGCCCCCUGGAACUCACAGACCAGAUCUUUGGCCCACCUACAGGAAAUGAGGAGCUCAGAGAUGAGAUCUACUGUCAGAUCAUGAAACAAAUGACCAGCAAUAACAACAGGUACAGUGUGGAGCAGGGCUGGCAGCUGCUGUGGCUGUGCUGUGGUCUCUUUCCUCCCAGUAACUCUCUGCUGAAACAUGCUCAGCGUUUUAUUGAGACACGCAAACGAGAGCCAUUGGCCACAGACUGCCUCCAGAGACUGCAAGGGGCUCGGAGAAUGGAGCCCAGAAAGCUUCCACCUCACCAGGUGGAGGUUGAUGCAAUUCAGCAGAACAGCACCCAGAUCUUCCACAAAAUUCAGUUCCCCAAUGACACUCAAGAGAAUUUUGAGGUGGCAUCCAACACCAAGAUAAAGGACCUGGUCCGGACCAUUGCUAAUAAACUCAUGUUGUCCUCAGCUGAAGGUUUCAGCAUCUUUGUGAAAACUCCUGAUAAGGUUCUGAGUCUGAAUGAAACUGACUACUUCUUUGACAGCCUGAGACAGAUUACUGACUGGUCCAGGAGAGCAAAGAGAGUGAAUCAGGCGGGUGGUCCAGUGAAUGUGUCCUACACGGUUUUCUUUAUGAGAAAACUAUGGUUCAACAUUAUCCCUGGUAGAGAUGUGGAGGCGGAUCUCAUCUUCCAUUAUCCACAGGAGUUGCCCAAGUACUUGAGAGGUUAUCAUCGUUGUACCAAAGAAGAAAUGGUGAUGCUAGGCGCUCUACUCUUCAGGAUGAAAGUGGACAAUGAUAAAACUCAGUUUCCCAUGAUUCCUAGGAUGCUGAAAGACCUGGUGCCUAAUGACCAGCUUAAAGCCAUGUCUGCUGAUGAAUGGAAAAAGCACAUUUUUGCUGAGUACAACAAGCAAACUGGCACGACUGUGGAACAGGCAGUGAUUGGCUUUUUAAAGAUUGUCUACAAAUGGCCCACAUUUGGCUGUGCCUUUUUUGACGUGAAACAAACAUCAGAGCCCAAUUUCCCUGACAUUGUGAGAAUUGCCAUUAGCAAACAGGGCGUCACUGUCAUUCACCCCAAAACAAAGGACAUUCUGGCAGUGCAUCCAUAUAACAAAAUUGCAAACUGGUGCAGUGGAAGCACAUACUUCCACAUGACUGUAGGAAACCUUGUCAGAGGGAACAAAAUCCUGUGUGAAACUUCCCUGGGCUAUAAAAUUGAUGACCUGCUGACUUCCUACGUCAACAUGUAUCUUAAUGAGAAGAGAGGACAAAGACGGAGUCAACACUUUGACUAAAAAUAACAGACCAGCAAUGACUUUACUGUGCCUUUCUUUUAAAGACACAUUCACAUAUACAAACACACAUUCACAUAUAAAAACACAACCAAUGGGAAAUGUUCAAAAUAACAUGAAUUUAUCAAACUAAAUAAUGGUGUGGAUUUAUUGUUCAAUGUGAUAUACUAUAUAUACUGCAAAAUGGGAUGCCAACUGUUGUGAUAAAAUUUAAAGCUGUUUUUCCUCAAUAUGUUGCCAGAAUGUGAAGACUGUAAUUUCAGUCAGAUUACUGGUUGACUAAUAUUAAAUGAUAUAAAUGAGUCAUUACAGUCAGUGGAUCAUAUUAUUGGUGCAUUUAAGUGAAAUUGCCAAAUAAAUGACUAUGAGGUGUA